CUGGCAGGGGAAAUAAAUCACCGCCGAGUCGACAGAGAGAAGAUCACCGGUGCAUUGCAAACAACAUCUGGGCUCGGGGAGGCGAAGUUGACUCUGAGAUUGGGGUUCAUGGGAAGGCCUGUCAACCAACAGGGCACAUCUUGCCAGGCCAGCAGCGACGUGACGACGGCGAACGAGGGCAUCUUGACUGAACAAACUUCCGAUUCAACUUCCGAACGCCGAACAUCGACUUCAUCUCUUUCCCAAGCGAAUCCGAACACGGCUGGGCGAACAGCUGUUGAAGAAGGUAUCAGCCUGGACUGCAGCAGCUAGACGCCCUUGACCGCAUCGCAUGUUGCCGUCCUGACCGCAGCGACUCACGUGGCAGAGGCCUCUGGCCCGCGUCGUUGCAGUGCUCAUCUCCAAAGACAACGCAAGGACUGUCUUCUUCGCCGCUCAAGAUGGACAUGAGCGGCAUGGACCACGACAUGAGCGGCAUGACAAUGAGCGGCGGCAUCUUCACGCCCGCCGACGAGUCCUAUGCUUAUGGCUUCUGGUACGGCAUAGCCGGAUGCGUCGGACUCCUCACAGUCAUCAGAGCCGCCUCAAUACUACAGAUCAGACAGCGACUAAAAGCGCAUCAACGCACUCCACGAAGCAUCCCCUCACGACCAACCGGCUGCAUCGCCCAAGCCUACGCAACAGCACAAGCAACGACCCGAGAAAUGCUGUACCCACAACCCUACUACUUCACCGGUCGAAUCACGAAAUACUUCACUCCCUUACCUGUAGGCCGAUGGCUCCUUCUAGCCUUCUACUGGAUCAUAAUCCUAUCCUUCCUGUGGACCGGGACCAUUCUGAAAUCUAAAGAUCCCAUGUACGCAUACAAAUGGGAAAAAGUCGGAUUCCGAGCCGCUUGGGUUACUGUCACCCAAAUACCUCUAAUCUACUUGCUGUCGUGCAAGUUCAACCCCAUCAGUAUCUUGACGGGUAUCUCGUACGAACGUUUCAACUGGGUACACCGUUGGGCGGCGCGGACCGUGUUCCUGACCGCGAUUGUGCACUGGUCUUUCUUCUAUACCGAAUGGUCCUUGGCAGACAUUGUCAAAAUGGAGAUCGAGAUGAUGCCGAUGGUUAAAUAUGGGUUCGGGGCUUGGGGGGUUGUUACCUGGACGGUGAUUUCUGGGUUCGGACUUUUCAGGAAUUUGAACUAUGAGCUGUUUGUGAUACAGCAUAUUGCGGCUGCGGGUGUUCUGCUGUGGCUGCUUUUUGUGCAUGUGCCAUCGUAUGCGAGGUACAACAUCUGGUUGUCAAUCGCAUUUGUGGCGUUCGAUUGGGGUAUGCGAAUUAUCUGGGGUGUGCUGAGGAAUUUUCACUUGUUGGGCGGGAAGAGCCCAUUCGAGGCGGGAUACACGACACAUCUUGAGACGCUACCAGGUGAUGUGGUACGACUGACGAUCGAAAAUGCCGACUUUAAGUGGCAGGCGGGACAGCAUGCAUAUGUCAUGAUGCCUGGCUUGCGACCUUUCGAACUUCAUCCUUUCACCAUCGCCAAUGCUCCAAGAAGUGGUCGCGACCAAAAUGAAAGAAAGCUGAGCAUGCUCAUACAAGCUCGCUCUGGCUUCUCAAAAAGCUUGCACAAGGCUGCCCAGAAGACUCCCGGCAGUCACUGGCGCUAUCGAACAUUUCUAAGCGGACCUUGGGGCUCGCCACCAGAUCUCUCGCAUCAUGAAACUGUAGUCUUGAUCGCCUGCUCCUCAGGCGCAUCCUUCAUCGUCCCGCUUCUGCAGGAUCUUGUGAGAAAACAAGGCUGCGUCCGAAACAUUUCCUUGCACUGGAUGAUCAAGGCCGAGGAGCAUUACCAGUGGUUUGCCGAAGAGCUUCGAGCACUUAUCGAGCAAUCGCAGGGCCUCGCUCUCAAUUUGCAGAUCUGUGUGCAUGUCACCAGAUCCCAGCCGCUAGGACCUCCCGACGCGGCCGAGGAGGUCAGGACGAAUUCCAUCUCCGUAUCACCUGGCUCCUCGGCAUCGAGCAGCACGGGUGCGAGUGCGCAUUCGAUCGAGAACGACAAAACUCCGCUCCACCUCGCAAAAGGGAGACAAUCCUCUGCGCUGGUCAUGAAGCAUGGCGGCAGGCCAACCUUGGAUUCGAUGAUCCGAGCACCAGUAGAACAGGCUCUCGGCGAGACUGCCGUGAUCGUUUGCGGUGGUUUGGCCAUCACUGCCCAGACUCGUACAUAUGUUGCCAAGCUUUCCGAUGAGCGUGCUGUACAUAAAGGUACUGGGGCUCAAGGCAUAUUUCUUUUUACCGAGACAUAUGGGUGGUAGAUGUCUUGUGUAUGAUUUUGCAUCGCAUAGCAUAGUAUAGCAUAGCAUAAUGAUUUACGAUAUGUAUUAAAUCCGCUCGGCUUAUAGCCUCGGCUUAUAGCUAAGUUUACGAU